AAGAAAGCAGAAGAAGAGGAGCCUCUGAACUACGAAUUUGAAGCUCGAGCUCAUACCGUACCGGUUCAUGAAGAUUCUCUGAUUGCUUGUCGUCCCCGUUGACGGUUACGCGGCGCGGCUUCGUCCAGGCGAAUAAUGGAGGAAUAUAUGUGCAGUUCAUAAUCAGUGCAUGUACUUCUGGGUUUUUCAUAUGUUCGGUUGCUUGCUUGAAGUUGCGAAGGUGGUGAUAAUUAUCUAAUUCGCCCGCUGGAGAAGAUUUUUACACGAUGAAGUAGUUAAAUUGUCAAUUUAGAACGUAUCGCAUGAUAAAGAACAAUGCCUCGUAAGGUGAGCCACGGUCUUGAUUACGACGAAGAUUACGACGACUAUGAGGAUUAUGAUUAUUACGACAACGAUUUUGAAGUAGAAGAAAAAGGCAAAACACAUGAGACUAAGGAAGAAACUAAGGGGCAUAAGCUUUGGCGAUGUCCAAUUUGUACUUACGACAAUGAAGACAGUUUUUCUGCAUGUGAUAUAUGUGGGGUUCUGCGCAUCCCUUUGGUCAACAACAGCAAUACUCGCGAUGAUAGAACAGUUGAGAACAUUUGCAAAGACUCCGGAGUAUCUAUAAUGGCCAAGUCUCUAUUUGCAUCAUCAAUGCCGAAACAGAUACCUAAAAGUGCUGUAAAAUUUCAAGAGCAGAAUGAGGAAUUUGUGGAGGAAAGGGAAGGUAACAUCCACAAGAUUGGGAAUAUCCGGGGCCAUUUGCAUGAAUUCCAUAAGGCUUUUAGUACCCGUAGUCAGUUCCGUACUAAUAUAGUCCCUUUCAAGUUUGAUAUUCCAUCCCCAGAUGAUGUGGUUUCUAAUGGAAUGCGUUCCUCCAAAGUUGGUUUAAAAGCGGUCAGCCAUACAGAGUUCAACUCUUCAGUAUUUUCUUCAGGCAUAACUAAGGAAGGUGCAAAUAAUGCAACAUUGACUUCAAAAAGUGCAUCAUCUGCUAUAUUGCCAAAGGGCAAAUUAGACAGUCUAGGAGAUAGUAAAUCAAGUACCAAAAGUUCAAACAGCUCGGGCUCCUCAAUUGGAAAAAGUACAGCGGUCGUUGAAGAGCGUAGUACAUCAAUUAGUGCAACUAUGAACUUACAAUCACAUGAUAACAGGUCAUCAAGCACUUCCACAUCAAAGUCUGCAGGCAAAUUUGGCCGCACGGAUGAGAGCAGUAACUCUUCUGUGGAGCGGGAAAAGCCCCAAAAUCUUGCCAGUGGUUUGAACAACAUGGUUCUAAAUGUCAAAUCUGCCUAUGCAAAUUAUAUUAAUGGGCUAGGAAAAACGUCAAAUGUGCAGUAUAAACAUGAUAAAUGGAUGCUGCCUGAUCAAGCUGCCGAUAAUUUGACUCAGCUGAAUCUUGCUAUAGUCGGUCAUGUUGAUUCUGGAAAGUCAACUCUUUCUGGAAGACUUUUGCACCUAUUGGGACGUGUAUCCCAAAAAGAAAUGCACAAAUAUGAAAAAGAAGCAAAGUCCCAGGGCAAGGGUUCCUUUGCUUAUGCCUGGGCACUGGAUGAGAGUGCAGAGGAAAGGGAGAGAGGAAUAACUAUGACUGUUGGUGUUGCUUAUUUUGAUUCCAAAAGGUAUCAUGUUGUUGUGCUUGAUUCUCCAGGCCAUAAAGAUUUUGUUCCAAACUUGAUAUCUGGGGCAACACAAGCCGAUGCUGCGAUUCUUGUUAUAGAUGCCUCUGUUGGUGCAUUUGAAGCCGGUUUGGACAGUUCAAAGGGGCAAACAAGAGAACACGUGCAAUUGAUCAGAAGCUUUGGUGUUGAUCAGAUUAUUGUUGCAGUUAACAAACUGGAUGUGGUGAAGUAUUCCAAAGAUCGCUAUGACUUUAUUAAGUUGCAACUUGGAACAUUUUUUCGUUCUUGUGGUUAUAAAGAUUCAUCAUUGACUUGGAUUCCAUUGAGUGCCAUGGCAAAUCAAAAUCUGGUGACUGCCCCUUCUGAUGCUCAAUUUUUGUCCUGGUAUCGUGGACCUAAUCUGUUGGAGGCAAUUGAUUCCCUUCAACCACCCACCAGAGAUUUCUCAAAGCCACUGCUUAUGCCGGUAUGCGACGUUAUUAAAUCACUUUCUCUAGGACAAGUGUCUGCCUGUGGUAAACUGGAAGCUGGAGCUCUCCAGUCUGGAUCCAAGGUUCUAGUCAUGCCAUCUGGAGAUAAAGGCACUGUGCGCACUUUAGAACGCAAUUCUCAGGCGUGCAAGAUUGCUAGAGCAGGAGACAAUGUGACCGUUACUCUACAAGGAGUCGAAGCAAGUAGCGUGAUGGCUGGGGGAGUUCUAUGCCAUCCUGAUUUUCCUGUUGCUGUUGCAAAACAUUUGGAAUUGAAAAUUCUCACCUUGGAAUUUGCUACGCCGAUAUUGAUAGGAUCUCAGUUGGAAGUUCAUGUACACCACGCGAAGGAGGCUGCUAGAGUUGCAAGGAUAGUGUCGUUGAUUGAUUCAAAGACGGGAAAGGUCGCAAAGAAGGCGCCGCGUUGCCUCAGUGCUAAACAAAGUGCAGUGAUUGAGGUUGUUUUGCCAAGUCCAGUUUGUGUGGAAGCAUUCUCGACUAGUCGGGCUCUCGGGAGGGUGUUUCUGAGAGCGUUGGGCAGAACCAUAGCGGUCGGCAUUGUGACCCAACUAAUUGGAGAUCCUGAGUAAUGGAUCUACACAACAUAUCUUGUAUUUGAGGUAAACUUUUUGGCAUAAUUUUGGAUAAAUUUAUGGCUUCUUCUUUUAGUAUUAUUUGUAGCUGAGUAGCUACAAUGCAGAAAAUGGGUCACAUAUGAGUAUGGAGAAAUUAGAGUUCUGACGAAGUACAUGUAAUUUGUAAGGGAAACUAUGGGUGUUUGUAUAUCAAUUUUACAUGUUAGUUGUAGUCCAUAAAACUGCGAGUUUUGGAUGACCUCUAGACGUAGCGCUUUUAGUGAAGCAAAUUUUCAAUAAAAACGUUUAAUGUAACCAAA